UGGCUUGAUGUGGGUUGGCUUGGCUUGGCGUACCUUACAUAGCAUAGACAACAUAGAUGUUGGUCCUUUCUCCAAUCAUCGAACGUUUUUUUGUGAAGAAGCGAGACGAAGCACUGAAUGUAUAAUGUUAUCCUUUUUCUUCAUACGGCUCGUACAGCUCGUUGUAAUCACAAGUUUCCUUUUCAUUUCAUUUUCUCUCAAUCAAAUGAAAUUAUUUUAUUUUUGCGUACUUAUAUAAAUUACAAGGACUCAAAGUAGAGUUUUAUAAAAAUUCGCAAAGUUAACUUAGUUUUUGUGCAUUUCAUUAUGCAAGUUUUAUAAUAAAGUGUAUUGUUCUUGUGUCGUUACCUCUGUAAAGUGAUAAGGUGUUAGUCGUUUUGUUCGGAGUUUCAUUCUUCCUGAAACAUAUCGUAAUUAAUGAAUUUCUCUGUGACCUUGUUUUCUAAAAGCUAUUUAUAAGUUUAUUAGUGUCUUAUUUACAAUGGAAGUGUCUAAUAAAAUAAAGGAAGAGAUUCGCAAAACUCAGUCGGAUUUGAAAAAUGCAAUUCGAGUUCAUCAGAUUUGGGUCGCACGACUUCAAGAUGAUGAAAGCAACUUUCAUCUUAAGACAAAAGUUAAGGAAGCAGAAAAAGAAAUAAUUUCUAUCGGCCAGACUCAAAAACUAGUGGUAGAAAGAUUACGACGUGAGUUGGAGUUGUAUCAACAGAGAUUAAAAGCAAGAAACAAGCAGAUUAAUAUAGAAAAUGACAACCGCUAUGUAGCCCAACAAUUGAGGGACCACCAGUUGCAAUAUUGUAGCCGAAGUAGAUCUGUGUCCCUGUUGAAGCCAUCAGUCCUUAGUGAGAUCCAUAUAAAAGCAGAAAAUAAUAAUGAGGAUCUUAAAGAAAAUAUAUCAGACUCUGACAAUGAAAGUAAAUCACAUGAAAAGGAGAACUCAAAUCAUAGUGAGAUGGAUGAGAAGGAUAAAUAUCAGAGGAACUAUUCUCAGUUGCCUACCACAGUCCACGACAGCAGGAGUAACUUUGCUAAUGCACUCAACAAAGUUAAGGAGUCCCUUAUUGGGGUGAAGAUGCAGCAGCAAGCGAGUGAAUGGAAUGAGCAGAGGUCUGACUCUGACUGUUCAGGCAUUCAAUUGUCGCCAACGCCUUCUCCCCCGCCACUGCCUAAGCCCGGAGAGCUGGUCUCUCAGGAGACAUUCUUGAGACUCAUUGGCUUGGUGACACACUCACAAAAGGAGAUAUUAGAGAAAAAGCGUAGUGAGCGCCGCAAGCGAUCCACGACAAGCACCAACAGAACGGAUUUCCUCUAUGGAAACUAUGACAUGAUGCCUAAACGCAAGAAGCUGAACCAGUUCCCGUAUCUGCAGACACACAACGACCCUCCACAAACACGCUCUGCGAAGCUACGGAAGCAACAGAACCAGAACAAAUCAUCGCGAGAAGGCUCGCCAUCAGGGUCGUCUUCUGAAAAUAAAGGUUCUGGUUGGAGUAACGGCAAGCCGGCGUGGGCGUCUUCGUUGCCGGCUGGGCUGUCGGUGGAGCCCGUGUACCCGCCGUCGAAGAAAGUCUGUCAUGGAUGCGGGAGAAACGAUGUGCCGUCGCUGCUGGUGUGGUGCAGCGCGUGCGGCGUGUGCGUGCACACGGGCUGCAGCGCGGAGGGCCGCUGCCCCGCGCCCGCCUGCCGCGCCCCUCUGCCCGACCCCGCCGCCUGCGCCGCGCCGCACGUGCCCGACACGCAGCUCUACAGAGACAAACUAGCAGAACGGAAACGUCUACAAGAGAAAAAUAUCGAAUUGUGCGUAGAGCUCCGUAAACUGGAAGCGCGGGCCGCUUCUUUGAAGGAGAACCUCGACGAACACAACGCAGAGAAGCGACAACUGUUAGCAGCUCAGAUCAAGACACAGCGCAACCUGCAGAAGCUUCUAGACUUCAUCAGCCAGUUUAAAGAGACCUCCAUCAGUAUGCGGUCUUCUUCGGCCAGCGAUACUGGCAGCGAUAUUAGUAAAAGUAAUGAAGAAUAAAGAUACGUCGAUAUGUUUCGACAGUAUGUAGGAUAAGGUUUGUGGUCAGUGUUGAUUGUACCAUUUAGAGUAUUAGAACGGAGUAGGCGCCGUGAGUAGUCCAAUUAUUGUUAACGUUUUCUAUGUCCUAGUGUAAAGUCCAAAUGAAUUUUGUAUUGAAAUCAGAAACUCGAAAUCCUGUUUCCCACUAAUAAGGGUGGGAUUCCACCGAAGCGAAGGCACGAGACGAGCGGAGAAGUGCGUGGAUAGCGUAUUUGACUGUUUUUUUCAUCAAUGUACUGUCGUGAACAACAUCGCAAGACGCCAGCUACUCACGUGAACACGCUGAAGAUAUCUCUGAAAUCCGUUUGUCAAUGUCUUACUUAACCCCGGAGAUAUUCAUAGUUAAAAUAAGUGGAUGCUCCGUCCCGUUCUAGCAAAACUGAAUUUGUAUGUAGCUUAGUGAUAGCUUCUAUGACACUAUAAACGCGUGACGUCGCGCGUUACUAUUGCCAUUUCUUUCUAGCUCCUUGAUUUCGAAUAGCUGUAACAGGCUAUUUUGAAACUAUAACUAGUUGACAAAUUGAGUUAGGUAGUUAGUAAAAACCAAUUACCGCGAGGGAGAUAGCGAUAGAGCGUCUUCUCUCCCCACGAUGUGAUUGAUUGAUUCCGCACGACUCUGCUCGUGUCCUCUUCGCUUCGGUGUAAACCCACUCUUAGAUAAUUAUGUACUUAUUAUAUUUUUUUAAGAAGUACAACAUAUUGCUUUACGAUUAUUGGUAAAACUUGCCGUUUUCAAAAUGUAAUGUUACAUUAAUUUUGAAAAACAUUUAUAUAAGUUGUUUAGAAGAAACGUUUUUUGUCAAUAGGUUCUUGUUCACGCACAACAACUAAAGUUAUUUCUUUAGUUAUGAAAAUUAUAGUUAUGAUAUCCAGUGUGUCAGCACCUCAUCGCACUUUCCUAUACUUCUAUCCUUUUCUGGUAAACGGAACUGUCAUUUGCUAGAGCGAGAGAGAGCGACCGCACGUGACAGAUAGACGGUCGCUUUGUCUCGCUCUAGCAAAUAAAGGUUCUGACCCACGUAACAGAUAAGGAUAGGAAAGUGCCAUGAAAUGCCGCCAGAUGUGGUUCAUUCUUAAAUCACGAACAGAUAACUAAAGGACCAAUAUUUUUUUGCAUUUCAAUAAUUGAUUGGAAAUUUGAUUAGAUAGGUUAAAUGAGAAAUAUUUUCUUUAAAAUCAAUUUUUAUAAAAUAAUCAAAUGGAUAGCCAAAAAGAAAGUGUUCAGUAUUGAUUCUUAUUAAAUUAAAAAUAGUUUGUUGUGUAAGUGGUCUUUUCCUAGUUGCUAAUGAUUUUAUUUUAGUCAAAAGUUGAUGAAUUAAUUGUUCACUGUGAUAUGAUUAGGUUAUCCUUGGUUAUUUAUACUACUUUGUCGAGUAUACCAGGGUUGUAUUGUAAAUAAAACUCGAAUACACAUUCGAAAGUAAA